AUGAACCUCGAACAAAUGGACGAAGUUUACGCCCCAUUCUACGAAGAUGACAAAAUCAAGGUAAGAAACGAUAUUUUUUAAAUCAUAAUUUAUUAUAAUUUCCAGGCCGAUUUGGUAAUGUGGUGUCCUCCAAUUCAACAAAAACAACCGGAAAUAAUAGAAAUAGUGGUGAAGGAGGAGUCGAAUCAAUCGAUGUGUCAAGAAACAAAAUACGAGGUCUUAAUCCGAAGAUUCUGGAAGUUGGUAGAAGAUCGUCGAAAUGUGAGUUUUAUCUUUUUUUCUGUCAUUGAGGCUUGGAUCAUUCAUUUUAAUAAUUCUGAUAAUUGUGGCAAGCUACAAUAAGUCUGCUCUAAAAAAAUCCGAGAAAAAUAUACGCAGAAAAAUGUAAAAUUCAAGUGAUGAAUUUGAAUCAUACAAAAGUUCUAUUUUUUUUAAUUUCUUGGAAGAUUCUAAUGGAACCCUAAAUUUUUAGAUUAAUUUUAUUUCUGCUCUAUGGGGCUCGAUUUGAUAAACACAAAACAUAUCAUAUUUCAGAGAUACUACGACGAAGUGAUGUACUUUCACAAAAAAGUCAAACGAGAACUCAAACAAUUCAGAUAUGUUCUUUCCAAAAGCAAGUUCAGAUUUUUCAUGAAGCUCAUUGGCGUUUACUUCGCCAACUUCAUUUCUCUCCUCACAAAAGAUGGCUUUGUGGUAAUCUAUUUUUUUCAAAUUUAUUCAAUAAUCAAUAUUAUUUCAGAGUAAAUGUCAAAUGUUCAUCAAAGAACUUCGAAACAUUCAUAAGUAUCUUGGUGCUCGCCUCGCUCGCAUUAUGAGGAGACAGGCUGAACGUGCACGUCUCUGUUCUCUUUGA